AUGAUUGAUGGAGGUAAUAGUAUGUAUGUACUUAGAAGCGUGGGGGAUGAUGAGGCUGGUUAUGGCUUGCAUAUGCGGCAGCAGCGGAGAUUGGCCUUCCUCAGAGCUGAAUGGCUGAAGAAGAUGGGAUCUACCUACGACAACCUCAACUGCACUAGUCAGACGGUCGAUUACGCAGUUGACCAGACGAGUAGUACCAAGACAGUGCGUGCCAUUGAACUCGAGAACGAAGUUGUCUUUGGAACUCGGAGACACCAGUCGGCCAAUAAGGAAAUAUUAUGA